UAGUACCAGAUUGACGCUGAAUCCGAAAUGGAAACACUACUUGUAUGUACUGAUAAGACAAACAAAAUCGAAACAUGGUUCGGAUUAGCAAGCCAAUGCUUUCCAAUGUCUAUUGGAGAACAUCCAGAUCCCAAUUGUUGAGUCCUGAAGUAAAUUGUUUGGCAUGUUUUGUGACCAUUUUUUUUCAAAGAAAUUGUACUGGUAUACCAAAACUGUCCAGAUCAUUCCAUCACGGCUGUUCUUAGGUAUCUCAUUACAACUUCCACACGCGUCAAAAUAUAUUGAGCACCUUUUAUCAUUUGUUCCAGACUAGUGGCACGCCCGAAAAAAACUGCUUCAUUCAACUUUUCAUUCCGUCGAUUACUCCGGUACAUUUUUCAUUCUGGUGCUGCCCUACACAAGUAAUUGCCACUCAUCAGAACUUCGUCUCACUUACGUCAAUCAUGAAAACGCAACCGACCUGGAUCUGUACAUGGCCACGGCUCUACUGAGGGGGGGGGUGGGAGACAUAAAGAACUAAGGUGCUAACAAAUUCAUUCUCGCAGACCUUCAAUAAUUGCCUACACGUAAAUACCAAGAACAACAAGAGAUCGCUGCCGGUAAACCAGGCAAAAAGGGUAUAAAUCAACCAGUCAUUCGUUGUUCUGUGCUCUGUCUAUGGUCCCGUCAAUUUGAACAUGUUUUACAUCUCAAAAAGGGAAUUUACCAAAUAAUCAAUUGAUUGUUGAGUUACUUGGAACGUUCUCGGUUCGUAUCACAUUAGAACAACGAAUCCCAAUGGACGUCGUAGGACUUGUGUCUAGCGAAGAAAAACGAAAACGAAAGUACAAAACAAGUGUAGUGCGUGCGAAGCUCUAGUGUUGCGCAGUGCGAAUAUUCUAGUUGACAGUUUGAAGUCAGACGAAAAAAUGUACUCGUCAAUUCUAGUGUUAGUGUUAACUUUGGCGACCGUUUCGAGGCAGACCUUCUCACUUGAGACGCUAUUUCAGCUGGAUGGCGAUGGCGAAGCCGGAGGUGGCGGCGGUGGUGAUUUCUCUAGUCCGCUGUACGAGGAAAGCUAUGAUACGGAACUGGAUGACGAUCAGAAUCGGUAUCAGCAGCAGCAAUCGGAACAACAGCCGUCGGCGGUGUUGGAUGACGUCUACUACCGGGUAACUCCGGCCGGACACGAAAGUGAAAGUGAAAAGACAUUUGUGACAAGUGGUAGCACGACGACUGGCAACAGUAUCCUAACAGGAGUUGGCAGCGAAGAACUGCCAUCAACUGAUCGUACUAGUAGUACUUCCUCUUCUUCGGAGGAAAGUCCAGCCAGUGUUGCACAAGCAUUUAUCGCAGUACCCUCCAACCGGGAUGCAUUCAGUAGUCGAAGUCUCGAUCACGACACGGCUGAUUCCCUGCAAUCUUCGACAGUACUGGAGACCAGUUUAGCCAGUAAUUUCCUGUACACCGGUGGAAGCUACAACGACACCUACCACUCAAACAGUGCAGAUGAGAGUGCGGAGAAACCUUCCGACGAUUCAUUGGGAAGCGCCGAAGACGAUUCCCAGUUCCUAAGUACCACUACCAUCAUCCCACUACUGUCAAUCCCAGAAAUACCGAUCAAACCAACAAAGCCGCAUAUCGACGAGAGUAAAAUCUCCAAGACUGAACUGCUAGCUCGAAUGUUGACGGAUAAUAACCUCCGGCUUCCGAUUGCCAUCCUGGUGGAUACCUGCAACGAUUCACUAACCUACUCGAAGAGGGUUUUCGAUGCAUCGCUUGUUCCCCGGUCCCCGAUGGAAGUAAUUCUGAUACGCUACAACAACACGGCUAUCGCCAAAUCCAUCAGCUUCCGAAACACGAAAUCGCUGAUGGAAGCCAUCAACUCGCUGCAGCCAUCGUACGACAACAGCGCUCCAGCCUACUACAGCAUUUUGCGGACCUGUCAGGAGAUCCCGUACGACAGCGCCAUCUUCCUAGCGACGUCCAACGCGGCAGUCGUCGAGAAGAACAUUGCCCACGAAGCAGCCCUGGCGUUGUUGAAAAAGCGAAUUCGGCUCUACAUAAUCUGGUUCGGAGACGAAGCCGACGGUACUCUGUCGGAUCAACAUCUGGACAGCCAGACGGGACUGCACGAGCUGGCUUACCGAACCGGCGGUCGAGUCAUACAAUUUGAAAUCGAUCAUCACUUCGGGAACAACCCUGUGCUGACCACUCUCGUGUCCGAAAGCGACCUGCACGGGGAUCAUACCAUCCCGAUUCCGGUCACGGCCGACGUUAACAGUUUGUACUUUAAGCUGCACGGAAGUCUCGGAACGGCCACACUCAGAACACCCAAUGGCUACAUAAUCGAUCUUCUGCACAACACCGUUUCACACAGCACCAACGGCAGUGACCUGCUUUACCCCCAACCGGCCUCACUACCGACGCCGAAGAUCAUCGCCAGCAGCCGCAACAAGCACGAGUUUCGCCAAUCGAGGCCGCCGCUAGCGGCGGAAGCAGCAGCCGCAUCCCAGGAUUAUCUCUUUCUAGUCAGUCGAAUAAAUACCACCGAUGAAGGGGUCUACUAUCUGAACCUGUCGGACGCCGCCAAGGACUCGUUCGAGUUAUCACCACCGAAGAAGGGUCACAGUACCGGCAAUCGGACUCAUCAACAGACGUACGGGGUAACGGUCAAAGCUGAUUAUUACCGUCGUAUGCAACACGGGAUCGAACUUUCGGAACUAGGUGACCCGCUGCUGGAGCAGCACUAUGACGAGCACGGUAAUGACGUGGAUGUUCUGACCGGUAACGAGCUGGAUGCGCAACGGCAUCAGCAAAUACGUCGCACCGUCGUACCGUUCGACGAUCAGCAACAGCACCAGUCGGCGAAACAGGUACUCCCGGAGAGUGAGGAAAGUGGCGUGCAGGGUCGGGCAGCAAUCCAGUCUAUCACCAAGGUGGACGUCGGUAUCGAUUCGCAGCUGAUGGGAACGCGUGGUUCCUCGAUUCGGUUGAUCUUUGAAGUGAGCAAUUUCCGGCAAACGCAAAUGUUCUACUAUUUCCGGGUGACCGGCGAACAGGGUUUCCUACAGACGCUGAAUCCGGGAUCAGCAUAUUUGGGUCCAGGACAAACGAUCAACGUGGUGGUGACGCUUCGGAUAAGAAACAACGCCGAAGUGGGAUCCAGAGACAAGAUCACUUUCAGUACUGAAGGGGCAGAUACGGUUUCGCAGGCAGCAUGGGUAACGGUGACGGAUUCGUCUGGUCUUUCCGAUGCCUAUCAACCAUCGAUAUGGUACUCGUACUCUAGUCGCUGCGAGGGCCGUUCCUCACCGGGGACCUGUUCCGGUGCCUUCUGGACAGUAGAUAUAACGGCGAGGGACUACGAAACAGGAAUCAUGAAGAUUUCCUCCAACCCGCCAGGAAUCGUAUAUAAGAAUCCAUUCACGGCCGGAACGCGCGAUGAGGUGAAAGCUAGCUACACGGCAUCCUGCUGUCAACCGAAGGUCACAAUAACGGCGCACGAUAUUAGCAAGAACGCGCGUACCGUGAAUCUAGAUGUGACAGAUAUUUGGCUGAAUGAAGCCGGCAUCGCGGCGGUUGUACUCGGCGUUCUGCUGCUGAUUGCGUUGAUAAUUCUGUUGGUGAUACUGAUUCGGUACUGCAUCCGCCGGAGGAAACGGUCCCAAGAGCUGCCAAUCUAUAGAAGCGAAUCGAGACGAACGCGAUGAUUUCAUCUUUGAUCUUCAAAACAGUGAACGAAAUGCCAUCGGUAGAAUAAUUCCAGAAUGAUUGUAUUUAUAUCGUACUUUUGUCGUCGGUGCUGGUGUUUGUCAGCAAUUGAGACUAAGGGUGCAGAAACAGGCCAAAUUAAUAUUAAUGUAUCGGAUUCGGUUUACAUUUUUCAUGUAGAAGGUAAUGGUAGCUGAUGUUUGUAACAGAGCAAAGACACUGUAAUAAUCUUGAAAAGAGGUUGGACUUUGUUGUACAACGAGUCAUUUGAGAAAAAUUUCAUUUUGAAAAGAGCUGAAUUUGAUAUGAAAUGUUUAAUAUGCAUUUUAAAUAAACAACUUUAUAGAAUUAUUGCCAUAGUUUAGACAUAGGAAUAAAAAC